AGCAUUGUUUGGUGAGCACACAAAACGUUCGCGCGGUUUCAGUACAAACAGCUCCACCGGCCGGUGUGACUGUGCAUUUUCGCGCACAAUACCUACCUAGACUUGUUUAUAUUUUCUGUGGCCAUGAAGGCAAAUAAAACCAAAUACGAUGUCAACCCGGACCUAGCUAAAGAGAGGCUAAAAUGCAAUUUCAACAUCGAGGAAGUUACGUUCAUAAUAGAUGGAGGAAAGGAAAAAACUUUGCAGAGGAAAAAAAUUGAGGACAUCGCCCUCAACAAUGGGGACUCACUGGACGAAGUCCCCGAAGAGUGCCUCAGCAUCAAGGAGAGAUACGAGAAUGCCGUGAGGAAGUCCUGCAUCUACUCCAACAAAGUCCGGCGCGAGAUGCUGGAAAUUACGGGAAUCGAAAAUUAUGCGUCUCCAGUCCUUCGGCGCACCGCAGAUGCAUUCUUCAAGGACAUCUCGCCGUUCAUGCUGCACCUGGGCAUGUUCGUGCCAGCGCUCAUGGGGCAGAGCACGCCGGACCAGUUGGCAGAAUGGUUGCCCAAAGCCCUGGACAUGCAGAUCAUCGGAGCCUAUGCACAGACAGAACUCGGACAUGGAACAUUCAUUAGGGGUCUGGAGACUACAGCAACGUAUGACCCCGAAAAGGAAGAGUUUGUGCUUCACAGCCCCACACUGACUUCCUACAAGUGGUGGGCAGGAGGGCUUGGUACAACAGCAAAUCAUUGCGUAGUGAUGGCACAACUAUACACCAAGGGAGAAUGCCAUGGAACCCAUUUAUUCAUCGUCCAAAUUCGGGAUCUGGAUACGCACAUGCCCCUCACUGGUAUAAAAGUUGGUGAAAUAGGACCUAGAAUGGGGUUUAGCAGUGCGGACAAUGGCUUCCUAGGCUUUAAUCAGUUUAGGAUACCGAGAGAGAAUAUGCUGAUGAAACAUGCCAAAGUUGAAAAGGAUGGCACCUACGUGAAAUCAGCAAGGCAUGGGAAACUGACAUAUGGGACAAUGGUAUUCGUGAGAGUAACCCUCGUGAGCGAAAUGUCUUUCAACAUCUCAAAGGCUGCGACUAUAGCAGUUCGGUACUCUGCUGUAAGGCGACAAUCUGAACUUAGACCCAAUGAGCCAGAGCCUCAAAUCUUGGACUAUCCGACACAGCAGCAUAAGCUAUUCAUAUGCAUAGCGACAGCACACGCGUUCCAGCUUACCGCCAGCUGGCUUUGGAACACCUACGAAGUUGUUAUGGCUGACAUGAAAAAAGGGAACGUUGAUGCAUUGCCUGAGCUUCACGCAUUAUCAAGUUGUCUUAAAGCUGUGAGCACAUCAGAUGCACUGUCACAUAUAGAGCAGUGUAGAUUCGCGUGUGGUGGUCACGGGUACAUGCUGUCUUCGAACCUGCCCUUCCUCUACUCCUUCGUCGCAGCCACCAGGACCUAUGAAGGCGAUUAUACUGUUCUACUUCUGCAGACUGCGAGGUUUUUAGUAAAAGCCUGGGAGCAAGCGGAAGCUGGCAAAGGUGUCACCCAAACGGUGUCUUACUUGAAUCGGUCCGCAAAUAGCAAAAGAGUGAAUUGGGACAACACUCACGAGGGCAUCAUUAAAUCCUUUCAGGCAAUUGCUGCAGGCAAAAUAGCUCAAUGUGUGAAAAGUAUACGAGAUCGAAUAAAAUCUGGAAUGGACUAUGAAGAUGCGUGGCUCAUGACAACUGUUCAGCUAGUUGGUGCGGCUGAGGCACACUGUCGGGCCGUCUUACUUGGUACAUACUGGAACGAAAUGAAAAGGAUAACUAAAACGUCGAGUGAGAACGUGAGGAAGGUGCUGCAUCAGUUAGCAGUGUUGUAUCUCAUGUAUUGGGCACUCGAAAAGACAGGCGAUCUGUUGAAGUAUGCGUCAGUUUCUAAAAAAGAUCUUGAUGAGCUGCAAAGGCGUUACGAGGAACUUCUAGCUGAAUUGCGACCGAAUGCCGUGGGACUCGUCGAUGCCUUCGACCUAAGGGAUGAGAUCCUACAUUCCUCUCUGGGAUCUUACGACGGCCGUGUCUACGAGCGCCUGAUGGAAGAAGCCCAGAAAAGCCCGUUGAACGCUGAACCAGUCAACCCAAGCUUCCAUAAAUACAUCAAGCCGCUCAUGCUUGGAAAGUUAUGAUUUUAACGAUCUAGUCUAGGUAUAUUGUGUAAUUUCUAGUUUUUUUAGACGUGUUUUGGGGUAAUUUUGUAAAAUGGAAAUAUUUAUGAUGUGAACGAUUUUAACAAAGAGGCAGGUAUUGAUAAGCCAUGCUCUUGUGAAAUGGUGCUAAAAAUACUGGUUGCAUUUUUACACAGAAUAGAUACGAGUAGGUAGUUAGGCUAACCAAAAAUUGUCGGUUGUCGGUUUUCGGUUUUUCCCCGUAUAUGUGCUAUAAGACCUACCUAUCUGCCAGAUUUCAUGAUUCUAGGUCAACGGGAAGUAUCGUAAUAGGUUUUUUGACAGACACGACAAAUAGACAACAAGUGAUCCUAUAAGGGUUCAUUAUUUCUUUUGAGGUACGGAAUCCUAAUAAUGUAAAAAAGUGAUUCAAAACUGGACUGGUGAGCUCAUACUCUUGGUAAAGAAAGCAGGAUUUAUCAUCAUUUAUUAUUAGUAGAUAAUAGAUAGAUAGAUAACUAGAUAAAAGUAUUUUUUCCACAAUUUUAUUUACACAAAAAACACACA